AUGUUAUUGACGAUACUUAAUGAUGACCUGUUGAUGAUGUUGAGGCUGUUGAUGUUGAUGUUGAUGUUGAUGAUGUUGAUGUUGAUGAUGUUGAUGAUGUUGAUGUUGAUGUUGAUGUUGAUGAUGUUGAUGUUGAUGAUGUUGAUGUUGAUGAUGUUGAUGUUGAUGUUGAUGAUGUUGAUGUUGAUGAUGUUGAUGUUGAUGAUGUUGAUGUUGAUGUUGAUGAUGUUGAUGUUGAUGAUGUUGAUGUUGAUGAUGUUGAUGUUGAUGUUGAUGAUGUUGAUGUUGAUGAUGUUGAGGUUGAUGAUGCUGAGGUUGAUGAUGUUGAUGUUGAUGUUGAUGAUGUUGAUGUUGCUGAUGUUUAUGUUGAUGAUGUUGAUGAUUAAUGAUGAUGACCUGUUGGCGGACGCAAUC